GCUCAAUGCUUUCCUCCCUACCUGAAAUACUCACUCAGGAUGGAGCAGAGAGAUGUAGCGGACACCAGGAGCACACGAGAUCCCAGUCUGAGACCACUAAAACACAUCUGGAGAGAAUACAGACUUGCCUGCAUUCACUGGAAAUUUUGUUACAACAUCAUCUGAACAAGAAGCUGAAAAAAUAAUCAACUAUUUAAAAAAUUGACUUGAGUUUGAGCAUCUGCUGGAUUUUAUCUGACUGUUCUCCAUCGCUGGAUCAAGACAAAUCCUACAUUUGGGCUGAACAAGAAGUCAUGUUCAAGUGUUUAGAGUCAGUCAGCAGAUAGUUGUGUUGUUGCUGCAGAAUCUUUUGCGGAUUUUAAAGAAACAAAUUGUUCAGGAUUCAAACCUCGUCUGAUUCUGUUAAUAAAGUAUCCCACCAUUGGACUAAAACUAUCACACUGGGACCGAACAUGAAGUUAUUUUCAAUUAGAGUCAGUCAGCAGGUGUAAAGUCAUAGUUAUAGUAUCUCUGACGAAGUUAAUAAAGCUACGAAUUUCAGGAUUCAAGCUUCUGUUGGAUUAUCUGUGUUCCCAAAGUGUCCCACUAUUGGACUUAAACAUAUUCUACAUUGGGACUGAAUAAGAAGGCUGAACAGGAAAGCUGUACUUGUGGAAACUUUGACAGACUUUACAAAAAACAUAUAAUAAUAAUAAUUCCUUCCAUUUAUUUAGCGCUUUUCUGGACACUUUUCCGCUUUACACAUUUUUGGGUGGAAUCUCCUCAUCCACCACCAGUGAAUGACCACCAGUAAAACAUUUGCGCAAGGUUUCUAACUAAUCUGCUACGUUGGGACUGAACAAGAAGUGACAUUCAAGCAUUUAUAUUCAAUCAGCAGGUGUAAAGCCAUAGUUAGCAUCUUUGACGAAGUUUAUAAAUCUACAUUUUUCAGCAUUCAAGCUUCUGUUGGAUUCUCUAACUUCCCAAAGUGUCCCACUAUUGGGCUAAAACAUAUUCUACAUUGGGACUGAACAAAAAAUCUGUUCUUGUAGAAAGUUUACAGAGCCAUAUCCUCCAACAUUUGAGCUACUGUUGGAUUUCAUGUGUUCCCAAAGUUCUACACUGCUGAACUGCUACAUUGGGACUGAACAAGAGGCAGUUUAGAGUUAGCAGGUCUUAAGUCACAGUUAUAGUAUCUUAAUGAAGUUUAUAAAGCUACGUUUUUCAGGAUUUGAACUUCUGUUGGAUUAUCUGAUUUCCCAAAGUGUCCCACUACUGGACUGAAACAUAUUCUAGAUUAGGACUGAACAAUUAAGCGUUACUUGUAGAAGGUUUACAGAGCCAUAUCCUCCAACAUUUGAGCUACUGCUGGAUUUUAUGUGUUCUCAAAGUUUCCACCUGCUGAACUGCUACAUUGGGACUAAACAAGAGCCAGUUUAGAGUCCGCAGGUCUAAAGUCAUAGUUAUAGUAUCUUUAAACCAAAAUGUUUCAGGAUUCCAGCCUCUGAUGGAUUAUUGCUCUUCCCAAUAUUGGACUAAAACAAAUUCUACAUUGGGACUGAACAUGAAGUCCUUUAGUCAUAUUCAGAUGUUUAAAGUCAGUCAGCAGGUGUAAAGCUGUACUUAUAGAAACUUUGAUGGACUUUACUGAAGCAGACUCUUGACUGCAUUCCCAAUUAUUUCUACAGUUGGACCAAAACUUCUACAGUACAGUAGGAUUGAAUAAGAGGUCAUUUCAAUUGUUUUAGAGACAGUGAGCAAAAAAAAAAAAAAAAAGUUAAAUGGUACAGGAUUCUGCUGGAUUAUCUGAUUUUGCUCCCACUAAAUGUACCACACUGGGAUUGAAAAAUAAGUGAUUUAGAGUCAAUCAGCAGUCGUCAUAGUUUAAGGAUCUUGGAUGGAAUUUACUGAAAAAAAGUCUUCAGGAUUUAAGCUUCAGAUGGAUUAUCUGUGUUCCCGUAGUAGGACCGAUACAAAUUUUAUAAUGGGACUAAACAAAGACUAAACAUAUUCAAAUAAUUAAAGUCAGACGGCAGAUGUAAAGCUGUGCUUUGAUGGACCUUACAGAACCAAAAUCUUCAACAUUUGAGCUGGAUUUUAUGUGAUUGUCUUUCCAAAUUUUCCAACUACUGAACUGCUACAGUACAUCGGGACUGAACAAGUUGUAACACCAGGGUUUAGAGUCAAACAGUGCUAAAGUCAAAGUUGUGAAACAUCUAAUACACUUUGCAGAACCGAACUGGAUAAUCUGUCAGUGUUCCCAACGUACCCCAACAUUAUACAUUAGGACUGACUAAGAAGUCCAAUUCAAGAAUCUGGAAUCAGCCAGCAGGUGUAAAGUUUUCCUUGUAGAGCUUCACUGAGCGAGACCUGUAUCAUCUGCACUGUAUAUGUGUGCCUCUGUGAGUGACUCCGCAUACAGCCAUGGGAAAUGCAGCUGGGAGUCUGGAGAUGUCACCCGUACGGGAAAUUAAACGGCCCCUCAGCACUUAUGGGCAAAAACCGCCAGCAGCCCCUAAACUGCCUCAACCGUCUGAGGAGGAACUAGAGGAGAGGUUCAGCAUUGUUUUGAACUCCAUGAAUCUUCCACCUGAUAAAGUGAUGCUGCUCAGUCAGUACGACAGUGAGAAGAAAUGGGAGUUGGUCUGUGAUCAGGAGCGCUUUCAAGUAAAGAAUCCUCCAUCAGCCUACAUUCAGAAACUGAAGAGCGUGUUGGAGCAGGGAGGAGGCAGAAAGUUUAAGAGGCGAGUCCAAGAAUCCACCCAAGUUCUUAGAGAGUUGGAGAUCUCUCUGCGCACCAAUCACAUCGGGUGGGCCGAGGAGUUUCUAAACGAAGAAAACAACGGCUUGGAUGUACUAGUGGACUACCUCUCUUUUGCUCAACGCGCAGUCAUAUAUGAUAUGGACAGCAGCUCUGAAAACGGAAGCUUUGAGGAGAAAUCAGUGGAAGAUCUGACCACGAGUGCGACAAACUCACCUACCCACAAUUCCCCUCGCUCAGCACGGCCCUUCACCACACGGAAAGCUCUGCGGUAUUCGCGCAUGCUCAGUCAGAAUAAUCACCUGCACCUCUGCAUCAUGUGUCUGCGUGCCAUCAUGAAUUACCAGUUAGGGUUUAACCAGGUUACGGCUCAUCCCAGCUGUGUCAAUGAAAUCACCCUCAGUCUCAACAACAGGAGUGCAAGGACUAAAGCUCUGGUUCUGGAGCUGCUUGCUGCUGUGUGUUUGGUUCGAGGAGGACAUGAAAUGAUUCUUGCGGCCUUUAAUAAUUUCCGAGAGGUGUGUGGGGAGAAAAACAGAUUCGAGAAACUGAUGGAGUAUUUCAGAAAUGAAGAAAGCAACAUUGAUUUCAUGGUGGCUUGUAUGCAGUUUAUCAACAUUGUGGUGCACUCAGUAGAGGACAUGAACUUCAGGGUGUUUUUACAGUACGAGUUCACACAGCUCGGGCUCGACAGCUAUCUAGAGAAGUUAAAUAUGACUGAAAGCGAGAGGCUGCAGAUUCAGAUUCAGGCGUAUCUAGAUAAUGUGUUUGAUGUGGGAGCGAUGCUCGAGGACGCAGAGGCCAAAAACACACUAAUGGAGCAUCUAGAGGAGCUGCAGGAACAAAACACACAGCUGAACACUAGACUACACCAGUGUGAGAUUGAAGCUUUGGAGAAAACGACUGACCUCGAACAACAACUCAUUCAAAGCAGCAAACAGGUGGAGCUGCUCAAGGAGAGUGUGAAGGAGGUCAGACUCAGCUCCAGCAGCUUCAGCUCCAGCAGCAGAAGGACAGACAGACGCGCAGUGAGACCCAACAGCACACACACACAGACAGACAGCAGACGCAGAUGCAGAUGGAGAAGAUGCCAGCUGCUGGUGGAGCGAGGGCUGAUCCGGAUGGAGAGGUCUGCUUCAGGAGCUCUGGAUCUACACAUUAUAGCAGCUGCCAACACAACAGAUAAGUGCUCAAAAGAGACUUCACCUGUGCCACAGUCUCCACCCCCUCCUCCAGUCCCUGCCCCUCCACCACCUCCUCCUCCGCCCCCUCUGGCUUUAGCUCCGCCCACUUCACCUUUUAUUGGCAGGACAGGAACCAUAAAGACAGGUGUGAAAGGUAAGCAGCCAAUCAAGACCAAGUAUCGUAUGCCACUGUUGAACUGGCAGGCUCUAAUGGAGGAGCAGGUAGCAGGAACCGUCUUCACGGAGCUCGAUGACCAGACAGUGCUUCAGGAGCUGAACAUGGAUGUGUUCGAGGAGCUGUUCAAAACCAAAGCUCAGUCGGCUCCAGUGGAUGUGGGCACUCUGAAGGUGAAGGUGGCUCAGAAAGCAUCCAGUAAAAUCUCACUACUGGAGCCCAACAGGGCCAAAAAUCUGGCCAUCACCCUGAGGAAAGCAGGAAUGAGCACCGCACAAAUCUGCACAGCCAUACAGACGUAUAAUCUGGAGCUGCUGAAGUCUGACUUUUUGGAGCUGCUGGAGCGUUUCGUGCCAUCCGACUAUGAGCUGAAGCUGAUCCAGAAUUACGAGCGCUCAGGACGCCCCCUGGUGGAGCUGUCGGAGGAGGACCGCUUCAUGAUGGCCUUCAGCAAAAUCCCUCGCCUGACGCAGAGAAUCAGCACACUCACAUUCAUGGGCAGCUUCAGCGAGAGCGUCCUCAUCCUCAAACCUCAACUGAACGCCGUCAUCUCUGCAUCCAAAUCCAUCAGAUCCUCCAGCAAACUCAAGAAGAUCCUGGAGAUCAUUCUAGCGUUUGGGAAUUACAUGAACAGCGGAAAGAGAGGAUCUGCGUACGGAUUCAGACUCCAAAGCCUGGAUCUGCUUCUGGACAUGAAGUCUACAGACCGCAAACAGACGCUCCUGCAUUUCAUCGUCAGCAUCAUUCAGGACAAAUACCCUCAGCUCAGCAACUUCCACACCGAACUACACUUUCUGGAUAAAGCAGCACUCGUGUCUCUGGACAGUGUGCUGUCGGACGUGUGCUCUCUGCAAAAGGGGAUGGAUGUGGUGUGUAAAGAGCUGGAGCAGCAGCAGAACAGCAGCGUCCUCACACAGUUCAUCUGCACUAACAGAGGCCUGCUGGACACACUCAUCAAGGACAGCACAACAGCACAGGAAGCCUAUCAGUCUGUGGUGGAGUAUUUCGGAGAGAAUCCCAAAUCCACUCCUCCGUCCGCCUUCUUUCCCGUCUUCACACGCUUCAUCAAAGCAUACAAGCUGUGUGAACAGGAAAUUGAUCAGCGGAGGAAAAGACUCUCUGACAGUGAAGAAACUGCAGAUCUGAAGUUCUCUGAUGCUCCGGUGCACAGGCAGAAGCCGCUGCGUUUACCUCAGCUGGAUCUGAUAUCGGAGCUGAAGCGCAGACAGAUGUCGCCGCUGGUGCGAGAAGGAAAAGACGGAGCCAUCGAGGACAUCAUCACAGAUCUGAGAAAUCAGCCGUACAUCAGAGCAGACGGAGGACGAAGAAGCGCCAAGUGGAAACCAGCUCAACAACUAGCUGUGUCCACAGACAUCUCUCUCUGAAACACACACACACACACACACACACACACACACACACACACACACACACACACACACACACAAACACGUAUAUGUGGUUUACGAGGACUCUCCAUAUGCAAUAAGUAUUUUAUACUUUAAAAAGAGCUUGAUAUAUUAUAUUUUAAAUGUCAAAAGUACACAUUACCAUCAUUUUAAGCAUCUGAAUUACGAGGACCAGGCUUCCCACUCUUUCAUGGACACCUAAUUCAAGGACUUUUUAAAUCACUAAUAAUUUUAAAUUGAGCAGCCUUAAUUCACACCCAAAGCAUAUAUAGUGCCACGAAAGUUAAUAUUUACAUUUAAAUGUCAGAGUAAUGAUGUUUUGAAUGUGUCAUUUUCACAAAUGUAGACUGUAUUAAUGUUGACCGUCACCUUCUAAGUACUCCAAUAAAAUUAGUUAAAUUCAGUAUUGGUAAUAUUCAAAUGCGGUUUCUGAAAUAUUGAUCAAAUGUGCAUUAUUUGUCAUAGAUCUUGUACAAGAUUUCAAUUUCAUUUUCUUAGUUUUUGUUCAGUUUUUGAAAGCAGCACAGUACCGUUAUUUAAAUAACACCAUACACUUUCAAUUCAAGUACUUUCGAGGACCGGUGUUUGUUUUAGUUCUUUCCAGGCCUUGAAAUUCAAGUACUUUCAAGCAACGCGGGAACCCUGGAGGACACAAGACACAUCCUCAAAGUACAACUGGGUCAUACCCACGUCAUUCUACAACAUCAUGUCCUUGUAAACCACAUAAACAAGUAGACACACACAUACACUCUCACAUACAUAGUCUCACACACACAACACAUCAGACCAGGCCAAAACAGUUUACAGUGAACAGGUAAACACACAUGAAAAUCAGUGAGCAAAUACUGAUCUUCACCUGAGAAAACUCUUUUACAGUCAAUCUCCAGAUUUCAGAUUUCACCCCAAAACAAAAAAAUGUACAUUAAAAUAUGAAGUUAUAACUUAACUUAAGCUGCUUUCACACACACUCUGGAAAAUGCUCACUGGAUCAUAGUGUGUUCACACACACACACAUCCUGUUAAAAACCUGUAAAUGUACAUGACGUUAAUAACAUUGACGAAUGCAUAAAAACAUCAGCCUUCAUCAUACAGGAGGAUAAACACAUUUAUAUCAGAGAGAUGUUCUCAGAGUGAACGGAGCUUUAGAAAAUAUUCAUCUUAAAAAAUGCUCUAUAUUUUUUAAAUCAACAAUCAAAUAUUUAAAACAGCAAAACUAAUUUUAGGAUGAAAUACGGCAUAUUCUUUUGUUUUGUUUUUUUAAAUAAAAUUUCAUUGACU